UUCUCAGAGAAUCCUCUGUGAAGAAAGUUCUGUGUGAAUAAGGCUAACAAUCAAUUUGGCAGCUCAAUCAGGGCCACUGUCCGGCCAUCGCGUGUGCAUCUUUAAGAUACUUACAAGACAAGAAAGUAGUCAACCGUGGCAGGGGCAGUUGCAGUGACUGCUGCUGCUGCUGUUGCACCUCCGGCUCAUCGAAGCCAUUGAAGUCGAGUGAAAUUUGUUCGUGCCAAAUUUGCAAAUCGAAGUGUAAUUCCCAAGCCAAUUGGUUGGCAGCAGCACUUGUUCAACACAUUUUUGAACACCAAACUCAAUUUCAAUUUGAAUUCGAACUGUAAUUUCCAUCUACGUAUCGAGUGCACCUUAUGCCAUUGGAACUGGAGCUGCAGUUGCAAUUCAUGCCACGGCAAGCAGUUUGAGCGGAUGGCAAAUACCGCUCGAGCCUAGAGCUGAGACAGGAUCUACGGCCACGGUAUGCUGCACCUGAGGCUAUUCGAUAGCUCCCUCUACUAUACGCUGGCCUCCGCCUCAGAGGCCGCUCCGGCAGGACUGUCGCAGUCCGAAACGGAGCAGGAGGCGGGCAAUGACAGCCAGCUAGCGCUGACAGGUGGGACCGGGUCGCCGCCCUCCCUCGGCAGCGCAGUUAAUCUGACAUUUUUUACACCUGCGAUAUCACACGUGAUGCUGGCGCCAACAACGACAGCGACUGUGUCGGCUACAAUUGUCCAGACGACAGCGGCGCCAGGCCACGACUUAGAUGCAAUGUCAGAGGCGGUCCACAAUGCGACAGCGGACCACUCGGGCGAAUUGGACAAUUUAAAUUCGUUCUACUUUUAUGAGACGGAACAAUUUGCGGUGCUGUGGAUACUCUUCACCGUCAUUGUACUCGGCAAUUCCGCGGUGCUCUUUGUGAUGUUCAUCAACAAGAAUCGCAAGUCGCGGAUGAAUUACUUCAUCAAGCAAUUGGCCCUAGCAGAUCUGUGCGUGGGUCUGCUCAAUGUGCUGACAGACAUUAUAUGGCGCAUCACGAUUUCGUGGCGAGCGGGCAAUCUGGCCUGCAAGGUUAUACGGUUCUCGCAGGUGUGCGUCACUUACUCCUCAACCUACGUGCUGGUGGCCAUGAGCAUUGACAGAUACGAUGCAAUAACGCAUCCCAUGAACUUCUCCAAGUCGUGGAAGAGAGCACGUCAUUUGGUGACUGGCGCGUGGCUCAUCUCGGCUAUCUUCUCGCUGCCCAUUCUUGUGCUGUAUGAGGAGAAGCUCAUCCAGGGGCAUCCGCAGUGCUGGAUAGAGCUGGGCUCGCCCAUGGCCUGGCAGGUGUACAUGAGCCUGGUCUCCGCCACGCUCUUCGCUUUUCCAGCUCUUAUCAUCUCCGCCUGCUAUGCGAUUAUAGUCAAGACAAUUUGGGCCAAGGGCUCUAUAUUUGUUCCCACAGAGCGAGCGGGUUUUGGUGCAGCACCUGCAAGACGAGCCAGCUCCAGGGGCAUCAUUCCACGGGCCAAGGUCAAGACGGUGAAGAUGACACUGACCAUUGUGUUUGUGUUUAUCAUCUGCUGGUCGCCGUACAUCAUCUUCGAUUUGCUGCAGGUCUUUGGCCAGAUACCACACUCGCAGACAAACAUUGCCAUUGCCACCUUCAUCCAGAGUCUGGCUCCCUUGAAUUCGGCGGCAAAUCCACUGAUCUACUGUCUGUUCUCAUCGCAGGUCUUUCGCACACUUAGUCGGUUUCCACCCUUCAAGUGGUUCACCUGCUGUUGCAAGUCAUAUCGCAACAACUCGCAGCAGAAUCGCUGCCACACAGUGGGGCGUCGGAUGCACAACAGCUGCGACUCGAUGAGAACGCUGACCACUUCUCUAACGGUGUCGCGGCGCUCCACGAACAAAACGAAUGCGCGGGUGGUAAUAUGCGAGCGUCCCAGCAAGAUUAUUACCGUGCCGGCCAUGUCGGAGGUAUGAUAGCUGGCGCACACGACCCGCAAGCGUUCAACGUUUGCGGUUCACGGGCCCACAUCCUUCAGCGAUGCGGAGUUUCUCUAGAAUGGGCAAAGGAUACUUCAAUAUGAAUGCGACUGCACGAGAGGCUUAGACAAUAAGUUCGAUAGUUGUACUAGGCAUAGUGAAAGCCAAAUCCAAACUGUACGUAUAAGUAUGCCAAGUCUACGCUACGAAUUUCAAACACUUAAUCUUACUCUACUAUAAUAUGCUCUCAAUCUAAUAAUAGGUAUUUAUGCAUUAUCUAGUACUUACUUUACUUGCAUUUUGUAUGAAUUUUAAUUAACGCUAAGCAAAAGCUGAAAUUGAGAAGGAUAUAUGUAUGAGUCUCUGGGUAUCUCUGAGCAAUUAAGCUGAAAUUAACUUUAAAAUUAAUUUUUAUUUUUGCAAGUAUUCUCUAGAAUGUUCAUUUAACUCACUUUCAGACAGUUAAAGUUCGUGGGAUUGCCAAAACUACUCAUUUUCGAAUUUCGAUAUUUCAGAAAUAAUACUUACAAUUUUGAGUGAAAUUAAGAACUACUUGUAUAUCCCCAAGCUCAUUUCAUGCACACUCCAAUUUGUAUUCUAUUGAACGGACUCAUAUUAUUUGUGUGGACAAGAAACUCUCAUGAUUACAUCUUUUUUUGCAGGCCUAAGUAGCGAUUAAGGCUAUUUAAAUUCCAUCUCAUCUCCUGUACAUAUAGUACAUAAUUCUACGUAUACAAGAAGCAUGUGCAAGCAUCUGAAACCAAAUUCUAUUAGUUAUAAGUAGACCAUAAGAGUUAAUAGAGCAUAAAGUUGUAGUCAAUUUGGUUUAAGCUAAUAUUUAUAUCAUAAUAAUGUGUAGAAAGCUGAAUAAAGGCCA